GGAGCUACGGGCGAUCGCGGAGCUACGGGCGAUCGCGGAGCUACGGGCGAUCCCGGCGUGCGCAGGAGCUCUGACCCCGUCCCCGAGGAGGUCGAGGAGUGGCAUGGCGGCUGUAGGCCCUGGGGGAGGCAUGGGGUCUGAGGCCGGGAAAGCUCCAGCGGCGCAGCGCAUUGACCCGGCUCGAGAAAAACUGAGCCCGGCCCAGCUGCACUUCAUGAGGCAGGUGGAGCUUGCCCAGUGGCAGAAAACGCUUCCGCAGCGGCGGGGCCGGAACAUCCUGACCGGCCUGAGCAUCGGGGCCCUGGUGGUGGCCAUUUAUGGCUAUACAUUCUACUCAGUGGCCCAGGAGCGGUUUCUGGAUGAUUUGGAAGAUAAAGCCAAAGCUGCUAGAGUGAAAAUUGCUGGGGACAACAGCUCCUAAACUCCAAAUGGGUGCUCAAACAUCAUCCUGGAUGGAACUUCUUCAAAAUGAGGAUGGAUGCCUCCACAUUUCCCCUCCCUUCCAAGAAAAAGAUUCCUAUGGGAUAAGGAGUGUUUUGACUAUCCUGACUGGGGGGUGUUGUUUCAUUGUGGAGUUUCCCUCUACUUUGGGAAUUGUGUAUCCAGCCAAUUUAAUGAGAAUGCCCCACUACCCCCCCAAAAAAAAAUUGAGCCUUUGUCCCAAUUGAGAGGAGGCAUAUCUAGGUUGUCCCCAUUUUUUUGAGUAGCACCUUAUUCAUGUCUUCAUAGCUACUUCUGACCCAAGAUUUAAAGUCAUUGUUGGGGGUGCAAGUAUGGUACCCCUUCUAUUUGUUGGAACUUGAUAUGCCAUGAAAGGUGGUCAAGUUGAGGGCUGAUUCACAAUAAAUCGAAUCAUCUGUUCUAGA